AUGUUGCAUCACGUCCGCUUGUCACAUUGCGACCACGGAGUCGUCGAUAUGGAGGCGUUUGUGGUGACAGACCGCAACACGGAUCUGGUAUGGGCAACAGAUAUGUGUAUGAACAGUCAAAUGUGCUUUCGAGCUGUUCGAUAUAAAAAGUAUGCCAGACGAAGCAUGAACAUCUAUCUUCCCUACACAGCGGUAGGUGGAAUAUUUCUGUGUCCAGGAAACAACACUGUUUGUACAAAUGAAAACGCCCGUCCUAUUCUGCCUUUAAUUGCAGACAGGAUCUGGUUACAAUGGUACGAUUUCCCUAAAUACAGACGAAUUGUACAACGAAUCCCGUAUUUAUCGACCCCCAACUACGUCGACCCACGGUAUCCACACCGACAGGAUAAAGGAGCCGAAUGGGCGUCGAAACUGGAUAUCAACGAAGACUACGAGUACUCGAUGGCCGACUCGUUAACAAUAUCAGCAGUGGUGAACCGAGUGCUCGACGUACUCAACAACAUCUUCAGCAUCUCGCCAGGCUAUCUCGUCUGGGAGCACGACCCCGUUGUCACGGAGCUGCGAAAAGACACCCGCGACACCCUGGCACCCAAACUGAUGCGAAAACUGCUCGCCCUGCUCAUGACACCAGGCUCGCACCCGCAACUCCACCGUUUCCUCCAAGCCAUCCAAACCGAGCUCGAACCACUCGACUCGAUCCACGACGACACCGUCAUCCAGCACGCCGAACUUCUGCCCCCGUAA